ACAUCACAGGGCUCUGCUUCAGAGCAUCAUGCGUGAACUGAGGAUAUGUGCCAAACUCAACCGUGUAAAUAUUCUACGCAUUUAUGGCUAUACGCAUGGCUUUGGCCCAUUUCCAGCAAUAGUCAGCCCUUGGGCGGAGAAUAGUAACUUGACGGUUUAUCUGGAGCGUGAGGGUGCAGCUUUGACUCUCGUUCGACGAUUCCAGCUGCUAACAGAUAUCAUAACUGGUCUGCAAUAUCUUCACGCUAAUGGUGUGAUCCAUGGCGACUUUAAUGGGCCUAACGUGCUGAUCCGCGGCGAUGGCACUGCGUGUAUUGCUGACUUCGGCCUUUCCUUGAUGUAUUCCGAGGUUAUAAGCGCCUCUCAGGUUUCCUGGACGUACACGCUCAAAGGAAACAUGCGAUGGAUGGCUCCUGAGCUGCUUGUAGAACAGGAGGAUGGUUCUCAAGUUCGGCCAAGCGAGCAGAGCGACAUCUAUUCAUUUGGCGGUAUCAUGCUGCAGGUCCUCACCAACAAGGUGCCUUAUUAUCACCUCGUGAAUGAUGCCGCCAUCGUACUCUGCAUAGCCAAGUCGCAAACGCCUUCCCGAUCUCGUUGUCCUGAGCUUCCUGUACGAUACUGGCAAUUUGUCGAGCAAUGUUGGUCUAUUGACCCUUGGGACCGUCCCUCGACGGAGGGAGCUGACACAACGAUCAGGAAUGAAUUUCACUCGCUAUCCAGAUCUCAUUGAUUCUUGACUGUCUCGCAUUCAGAAAUCUAUUUACAGUUAGAUAAAGCUAGGUACACCUGUAUAAAUGUACCGGUAGACUCACCCCAAUAUUUAUCUUAUGAUGUUGAAGCACACUUCUGCUAUGAUAAAGAAACGUCGGUUACAC